AUGUAUUCCCUCCUAUUUUUUCCCCUCGCUCCUCACAUCAAUCACUACGUGAUCUCAUCACCCCUUUUUUCUUUUUCUUCAUAUAGGAUUCUAGCCAUACCUCGAGUGGAAAUACGUUGGAAUCAGGCACGCGCCGCGCCUGAUCUUCCUGACUUUGGCUAUUCCCUUAUCACUCAGUCAGUCACAUCGCCUCUGCAUCACGCAAAGCCUAGGCAUCAUUGGAGGUACUUAACUCAUAGACAAGUGAUGCGGCCCGCUAAAAGGAUACUUUCCCAAUGCGGACUAGCGCGGACUGAUCACGGUGUACAUGAUGUAUCAACAAAAAACCAAAAAAAAAACGUGUUUCUUCAUUUGGCGCUCAUGAAUUGCACUACUACUACUCUCCUCUAUACACUCGUCGCCUUCCUCAUCCGAUAA